UGUACUUUCGACUGGACUCGUCUUGGCUUCUCCUUCUCGCUUCUCCUUGGUUUGUUUGACUGUAACGCACGUCGAAAUCAAUAUGACGGCGAUAAAAAUCAGGGUCGGAUCCGUUCCGCGAGUGAAGUCCUCUCCUCUGUUCUUAGACUUGUUCUGCCGUGGUCUGAUUAUCCUGUGUACGUCUGUGUCUGUGGUCCUGUCAUCGGUGGCAGUGUGCGACGGUCACUGGCUGCUCUCCGGCCGCCACAUGUUCGGUCUGUGGUAUUUCUGCUCCGUGGAGGUGCCACAGGGCUUGGUGUUGGACCCGCAGAGUUUUACAGCAUCUGCAAACUGCACUCGGCGUCUGGAGGAGGCCGGAGUGGAGGGUCUGGACAUGGGCUUAGCGGCGUGUCGUUCUGUCAUCACGAUAGCUCUGGUCAGUGCUAUAUUCGGACUGGAGCUGCUAGUGAUGUCACAGGCGAGUGAUGGCAGGGACUCCAGCAGGCGGUGGACGCUCGGGGCUCGGCUGGUGCUUCUUGCAGGAAUAAUGGCUGCUGGAGGUGUCGCAACUUUUGUGCUGAUAUUAGGAGCUUUCGCAUCACUCCUCGGGUUUACGCUGACCUUCUGGUGCCAGUUUACUGCAACCUUCUUGUUUUUCCUCAAUGGCAUGGCAGCGCGGCACAUCCAGAAUAUUAAGCCACCACUUCUGCCCUCUAGUGGACAUCCUGACAAACUGUGAACUACUGCACUAUGAACUUUACAACUUGAAGACACUGAAUUAGAAUUAGAUCAGAGGUGCCCAAACUCGGUCCUGAAGAUCUACCUUCCUGCAGAGUUCAGCUCCAACCCUGAUAAUAAAACAACUAAACCAUCUAAGUAGGAUCUGAAGGAGUCCUUGGUUAUUGAAAACAGGUGCGUUUGAUCAAGGUUGAGCUGAACUCUGCAGGAACAGAUCUCCAGGAGCAGGAUUGGGCACAAGUGAUUUUGAAGGUUUGUCAAAACACGAUUCCUUUUGUGGGGUAUUUCGUGAAGCCUGCUUUACUAUGAGCUUUCCUACUUGAAGAUGCUGCAUUAGAUGGCGUUGGUUCCUCUUGAGCAGCUCUGCUCUUGAAGGUUUAGUUCACCCCCCAAAAUGUAAAUUCAAUUAAUAUUUACUCACCCCUAUGCUGUUCUAAUCCCCAGACUUUCAUAUUAUAAAAUUAAAUCUGAGAUCUCCCUCACAGAAAGGGUCCAGAGAUGCUCAGAGUCCAGAAAAACAUUGUCAUAUCAGUCCAUGUGUCUUCGGCGGUUCAGCUGUAAUCAUACUCAAAUCAUCAUGCUCCACGAACACUUAUGUGCACCAAAAUACUGUAAAAACUACAUUUCAGCUUCAUUUUGGGUCAACUGCUUCUUUAAUCUCCGUUUUUCACAUCAUUGAGAAGUGAUAUUUGAAGGAUUGUCAAAAAUAGACCCCUUUUGUUGGGUAUUUCGUGAAGCCUGCUUUACUAUGAGCUUUACUACUUGAAGACGCUGCAUUAGAUGGUGUUGGUUCCUCUUGAGCAGCUCUGCUCUUGAAGGGUUAGUCUCCCCCAAAUGUAAAUUCAAUCAUUGAAUUACUCACCAUCACCUUGUUCCAAUCCCUGAGCCUUUCACAUUUUAGAUGAAAUCUGAGAUCUCCCUCAUGCUCAAAGUCCAGGAAAACAUUGUUAAAACAGUCCAUGUGUCUUCGGUGGUUCAUCUGUAAUCAUACAAAGCACCACGAACAAUUUUGUGCACCAAAAUACCAUUUUUAGAUGAACUAUCCCUUUAAUCUGCCUUUUUGGCAUCAAUGAGAAGUGAUUUUGAAGGUUUGUCAAAAAUUAUCCCUGUUUUUUAGGUAUUUUGUGAAGCCCGUUUCACUGGGAAAAAAUGGAAAAAUAUUAAAGAAAAAAUAUAAAAAGAGCAAAAAUAUGAAGAAAAAAACAUGCAAAAAAUAUGUAAAAUGUUCGUUUUUUUGCAGUUUGUAAUUGUUUUGCAAUAUUUCGCAUGAAUUUAAAUGUGUUGUUUAAAGAUGUUUGGUGACUGAAAUAUUAUUUUGAUAAAUAUGUCUGUUUAUUAAAUAUGUUUUGAUCAAUUUUGAUCAAAUGCACCAAAAUAUGACCUUUAUUCACUGAGAAAUGGAUCAAAAUAAUCAUUUUCAAAAUAAUGCGUACUCAUUUAUGCUGAGCGGAGUAUACAUGUUAGAAAACCAUUAUUAAAUGCUUCAUAAAUAAAUAAAUAUAUAUAUAUCAUCUGAUGUUUUUCCACAGUGACACCUCUUGUACAUCAUCUGAUUAUCAUUAGGCAGAAGCCUGGGUCAUUUCCGGUCCAAAUAAAACCUUGGUGGUUAAAUAAAAGUAACCUUAAGGCAGAAUUUGCCAGGGGUAUGAAUAAUUUCGGGUUUGAGUUUAUAUAUCAGCAUAGUAUUGCAUAUGCAAAUACGCACUUGAACAGAGCAGAUUCAUUGGCUGCUAUGUUUAUUGACAUGCUGACAUGGUCAAA